CCAUGGCGUCUUUCUGUGCUUUCUGUUUUGUCUCUGUUGCCGAAAACGUUUGCUUCUGUACAGAUGUAUAUGCUUUGUAACUUAUGGAUGCAACUGGUCAGAGAAUAAUGAGUACGAACGAAGCCGAGGACACAAACAUUGUUAUAAAACAAUUUACCUUUGAAGAAAAAUCCGGAGACGUACUGCAGACACUAACCGUUUCCGUUCCUGAGGUCCUUGACCCGCAGUAUGGGAUGUACGUGUGGCCAUGCGCUGUAGUACUGGCACAAUAUGUUUGGACGCACAGAGAGGAACUCCAAGGAAAGACAGUUCUUGAGAUUGGCGCAGGGGUGAGUUUACCAGGUGUGCUGGCUGCCAGGUGUGGGGCACAGGUGGUGCUGUCAGACAGUGCAGAGCUGCCACGCUGCCUGGAAAACUGUAGCCGCACCUGUCAGGUGAACCAGCUGUUCUUGCCCGUGGUGGGGAUCACCUGGGGACAGGUGACACCUGACCUGCUGCUCCUGCCUGACCUCCACUUCAUCUUGGGAUCAGAUGUCUUCUAUGAGCCUGAGGAUUUUGAAAAUGCCAUGUUUACCAUCACCUUCCUGUUGAGAAGAAGCCCUCAAGCCCAGUUUUGGACGACAUACCAGGAGAGAAGUGCGGACUGGUCCAUAGAAUCCUUGUUGCACAAGUGGGGACUCAAGUGCAUUGACAUUCCACUGGAGUCAUUCCAUGCCAACAGAGAACACCUGGCCGGGUCUAGUCUCCCUGGGAGUCACACGAUACAGAUGAUGAUCAUAUCACUGAAGGAGGCUGGGGAAGGCUGAGGAACCUUGCCAAGAGCAUAAUGAAAACACAUGGACGUGAACUUGGAAAAUCCAGUUACUGAUCAUAUCACAGCUGUAUUUAUGUUGAACACAUAAAUAAAUAUAAUGGAUUUGUAAACUUGGAAUUGUAAUAUAGA